AUGCAAAUGUGUUGGCAAGGGAGACGCAGUGGUUCAUUCAUCAUCUUCUUCCAGAGAGAGAGAGAGAGAGAGAGAGAGAGAGAGAGAGAGAGGUGAGCUAACACGAAGGUUAUUUUACAUGAGGGAGAGGGAGGAACUGCCUUGGACCAAAAACACUGCCACGAGAAUACCCGCAAAGCGAAGGACAGGCUUUGGUUUCAAAGCUGCAAGGAGCUUAUUCUUCUUCCAGACAUUACAGGAGAGGUGAAGCAUCAUGGGGAAACACAACAGCAAGCUGGCUCCAGAGGUUCUGGACGACCUGACCAAGAACACCGAAUUCAACGAGGCAGAGCUCAAGCAGUGGUACAAAGGCUUCCUCAAAGACUGUCCCUCCGGCAUCCUCAACCUGGAGGAGUUCCAGCAGCUCUAUGUCAAGUUUUUCCCAUAUGGUGAUGCCUCAAAGUUCGCCCAGCAUGCGUUUCGGACAUUUGAUAAGAACGGCGAUGGGACCAUCGACUUCAGAGAGUUCAUCUGCGCCCUGUCCAUCACCUCCAGGGGCAGCUUUGAGCAGAAACUCAACUGGGCCUUCAACAUGUAUGAUCUGGACGGGGAUGGGAAAAUCACUCGCAUGGAGAUGCUGGAGAUCAUCGAGGCCAUCUACAAGAUGGUCGGCACUGUGAUCAUGAUGCGCAUGAACGAGGACGGGCUGACCCCGCAGCAGCGCGUGGACAAGAUCUUCUCCAAGAUGGACAAGGACCACAAUGAUGAGAUCUCCCUGGAAGAAUUUAAAGAGGCCGCCAAGUCUGACCCCUCCAUCGUCCUACUGCUGCAGUGUGACAUGCAGAAGUAGAGGGAGGGAUGGGUGGAGAAACAGAGGGAGGGAGGGAAGGAAGCACAGGGGAAGAGUUGAACUGAAACAAGAGAAGAAAGGAGGAUGAGAGAAGAGAGGUGGGGGAAUGAAGGGAGGGACGCAGUUCAGGGAGUAGGAGGUAGGGAAACCUUUUUCCUUCUUUUUUUGAGGCAGUGAUGACUGGCAAUUAGCCGUGGACCUCUGAUUGAUGCCAUUAUUUUCAUCCGGGCCAUCCCACUAUACGGUACUGUACACUCUGCUUCAGUCUAGCUAGGCGUCUUUAUAAAUCCAAUCUGAUGAUCUGUGAAAAGAGGAAAUUCCCCAUUCUCAAAUUUUGUAAAUUUACACCCUGCAGUACAAUAUAUAUACUGCACCUUUGUCAUAUUUUUCCUUUCUUCUUUGUAGAACGGUGCAAAUAUUGUAAAUACUUUGCCCACCCUUUUCAAAAUGUUCAUAUUGAGACAGAAUGGCAAAGCAGGUUGCUUCCAAUUGAUUUCAAAGGUCAUGAAAAAAUAGUUUAAAAAAGUAUACACAUUUGCUUUUUUUCUGAAUUACAUCAGAUGAUUGAUACCACUAGUAUAAAUGUUGAGCUACAGACUGAAAACAGGUAAAGAGAUAGGUAGAGGAUAAAUAAAUCUAUUAACCAGUACCAGCACUUCAAAAACUCACUAAAGAUGAUAUUCAUUUUUUAAGUCUUUUUUCACACUUUAGCUUUUUCUUUAACAUUUGGACAGAGCUAGGCUAGCUGUUUGCUAAUCUAAACAAAGCUAAGCUAAUCGUCUCUAAGAAAGUGUUUUUGACCUUCUCAUCUAACAGCACAUUAACAUAUUUUCCAAAAUAUGUAGCUAUUCCUUUUAACCCUCCUGUCAUCCUUGGCUCAAAUUUGACCCCUUUAAAUCUGAUCCUAAAUCUGAAAUAUGGGUUUCUUUUUCCCCAAAUUACCACAAAAAAUGGAUUAGAUUCCAUACAACGCUCUUUGCAAAUACAAUUGAUCACUUUCAUUCCUCUGAACUUAACUUUUAGUCAAAAUAAUUCAUAAUUUCUACUUUUUUAACUCAAAUAUUAGGCAUAAUUCCAUAUAAAUGAGGGUUAUUGACAAUGAAUUCCAAAAAGUAGUGUAAAACUAGCGGUAGUAAGGUGGUGUUAGUGAAAACUAAAAACAAAAAGUCUGAAAAAGGGACACAACUGUCAAAUUGGUGUCAGUUUUGACCCGUGAGGACAACACAAGGGUUAAUGUCUUACUCUAGUGUUGAUUCUGGCACCCAGAAUGCCAAUGUGGAAACACAGCGGGUGUUUGGUUGCUUUGCACCAUGGGAUAGUUUGGAUAAAAAGGAAUGGCAUCAAACCAACUGCCUGUUGUUUGGUCCACAUGGUCCAUCUAGAGCGACACGAGAGAAGCAAAUGUUAUGCUCAUAUGAUAGAGAGAGAAUUACGUAAAUGAACAAUACCGUGAGUCUGUGUUCCGCUGUCCAUAUGUCUGGGAGUACUGCAUGUGAGAACGUGCGUGUGGACAUUUUACAAGCCAAAUACACAUUAUGAACCCAGAUCAAACUCCCCCGUGUGUGUUUGGGAGUGUGUGUGUGUGCCAAAUUGUACCAGUUGUGCAGCACGACGUAUACUGAUCUGCUGCCCGUUGCGUUCUACGCCUAAAGCUUUAACACACAUGCUAACAAAAAUCACUAUCUUAUUGAAAUGAAUGCGUCCUUCAUUAAAAGGACAUGUAAUUAGGUUAGACGGACAGCGUUGUCCUCCACAUAAUGUAACCCCCCACAUAAUGUAAUAAAUUAUUAACAGUCUGUGUUGUUUUUAGUGCCGUGCAUCGCUAUGUCCCAGUGUUGUUUUUGUCUUUUUAACACUCGGGGACACCAAAGUGUGAGACAUUUACAAAUAUUGCACGCUUUGGCUUUGAAGCUGCUGAAUACUUGGUUUUUCAAAUCCUGAGAAUUUAUUUUUACCGUUGAGUAGAGGUACAAUCAUACGGAGCCCCGGAGGUGACAUAGAGGAAAAAAAGAAAAAAACACGUACUGGGGACAAACACUUUUGCGAGAUCUUGAGUUUGUUUUGUGAGAUCUCGAGUUUUAUUCGCGAGAUCUUGAGUUUGUUUUGCAAGAUCUCGAGUUUUCUUUGCGAGAUCUUGAGAGAAACGAAAAAUUCAACAAAAAAAAAAUUCAAAAAUGUACUGCGAGAUCUAAAAGUCAAGCUCUCUUCAAAACAAAGUCAAGAUCUCUCAAAACAAAGUCAAGAUUUCCAAAAAGUGAUUGUUCCAGUACAUGUUUUUUUAUGUUAAUUUUUUUUUUCUCUCCAUGUCAAAGUCAAGAUCUGGCAAAACAAAGUAAUAAUAAAUAAAUAAAUUUCAAAUAUCGAAAA